UACACAUUAUGUUCUUUAAACAGAGUAGCUUUAUUGACUCAUUACCGAUCGAACAUUUUGUUUAACCAUGCAGCAAGUACCUAGGUAACUCCACGUAUAGUUGUUCAAAAAUAUAGAAUAAUAGUAAUACCUAGAAAUUAAAGAAUAAUUUUAUGUUCAAAUUAUUUAUAGUAAUUGUGAGAAAUAUAAACUAUCGUAUCUUCAGAUGAAUACAUUACAUCUAUUUUGUUUCACAACUAUAUUUCUCUCUGUGAAAUCUAUUCCAGAUGAAAUUAAGUUAGAUAUUGAAAACAAAAUUUCAAUUACUAUACCACAUAAUUGUUGUGAAUAUAUCAAAUUAAUCAAGAUUGAUUCAAAAGUCAAAUGGUGCGAAGUAUGUUCAUGUGAUGAAGCUGAACCGGACAAGGUCAAUGCAUUUUAUUCUGCUUUAACUUGUAAGUUUGCCACAUGGACUUUAAACAAAAUAUAUCACGAGUGCAUUCAUAAGUAUCCAGAUUUUUAUUAUACCACUAAAUUUGAAAGACAUUAUAAAAAUUUCAUUGAAUUAUCAAACUUCAUAGAAAGGUUAAAAAUUGAUUUAAAAGAUAUCAAUGAAUACAUUAUACAAUUUAGAACAAUAAUAGACGAUUUUUUAAGAUUAAAUUCACAUGCAUCAUAUUAUAGUGACAAAACUAUUUUAAAAAUAUUUGUUUCAAUAGAAAUUAAAUUCGGGUUAAUAUUAACAGAAGGGAUUAAAAAAAAAACACAAAUUGAUAUUAUUCAAAUGGUUAUUGAAGAAAUUAUUGCAUUACAAAGUUUUUUGUCAAUAAAUUGUUCAAAUCAAUCGGCAAGUAGUAAGAACUCGAGAUUCUAUGAUUUUUGGUUAGAAUUUGAUGAUAUAAAAGAAGAAUACAAUAAAAAAAGUAAAUUUAUUUUGCAGACUGAUAUUUUUAACGUUAUCACUACCUUCGAAUCCUUAAAUUUGGAUAAAAAUAUAAAGAAAGCUGGAGACUGUAACGUUCAACAUAUUUUAUUAAAUAAUAUGAAAAUAAAAGAUGCGAAAGGUUCUUUCUUUGAAGAUAUAUCUAAUACACGGUUGCGAAUUUCAGGCAAUAUAAAUAAAUCAAUUUCCGAUAUGUUAGAUCUAUCGAAAUCAUCUUACGACGUUGAAAUAUUGUUCUGGUUCCAGGAUUCUGCGAUGAGAACAAUCAUGGCACUAAUAUGCAUUAAAAUAUUGGCCAUUUAUACAAAUAUAGAACACGGCGUUUUGUCCCCAGCUAUUGUUUCUAUGAUAUCUUUUAUAAACAUUGAACGCAAUGAAAAUGCUAACGAAAUAGACCUUCCAGUAUAUUUUGAGGACGGAUUUGACAUUUUAAGCAAAGUUGUUGACAUUUGUCCAAACGAUAAGACUGAUACUCAGUGUAUACAUUUACUCUCAAUUCUAAAAUCAUAUCACACAGAAUUGACGGAGGGGAUUGGACUGACACAUUUGAACUCAUAUUCGUGCGAUUUGAAUCAAGAUUUAGACAGCUCUACUAUUUAUUUACAAACGAUUUUAGAGUUUUUGAAAGUUAACAUUAACGAAUUAACAUGUUUCAAUAAAUAUUUCAAAUGGCUUCGUAAUGAACGCUAUGAUUAUUAUGUACCAUAUAUGGAUAAUAAAUAUCGAUUUCUUUACUUCGAACCCGAACACAAGAUUAAUAAAUUUUACAAAACGAACGAAGGAUGCGACUUUGUUUUGAAUAUUUACACGCUUUGUUAUCAAGUUGUCAUGUUUCUCAAUAAUGGCAUUGAUAAUUUAGACACAAAGAAAGACACAUUAUUUCUAACAAGAGCACAGAGAAUUAUUGAUAACAUCGUUAAAUGUUUUCUAACGAUUAUUACUUACAAUGAGCAAAUAUACGAUAGAGAUCUUAUUAAUAUGUCAUAUAACAUAACUAUUCUUUUAAUAAGCCAACGGGAACGAAAAGCCAAGUAUGAUGAAACACUUUAUUACUCAAAGCGGAUUUUUAAUGUUGUUAUGAAUGAAUUGAAUACAUAUGGAAUAAAACAUUGUGAUAUAUCAAAACGCGAUUUUUUGUUAUUUAAUAAUAUCAAUUUUAUGGAAUUUGGUGUAGGUAAAUCACCUACAGAAAUGACAAUAAAUUUAUUUAAGAAAAGUUUUAAUAUUGCUAUCAGUCCGAAAUCGAUUGAUGAUAAAAAUUUAGAAUCCGACGAAUAUGGUCAUUUAAAUUUAAAUUUUUUACAUAGAAACUUUAUUAAAAAGUCGGGCAUUAUUAAUCAAUAUAAUUCUAAAAUCAUGAUAUACUGGAAAGGCAAAAAGUUAUCUUUCCUUAGUAUAAUUGGGAAUAUGAUGAAAUUUUGUAUUCAGCCUAAAUUUUUGUUUGCUUUUUAUGACAUGUAUUUUAAAUUUCAUAUUGCAGUUCUGUUUUGGGAAGUUAGAGACAUUAUAAAUAAAGAAAAGAAAUGGUUUACAAUAGAAAACCUUUUUGCGGAUUUAAGAUGUGUCCUGUCACAUUUGAAUGAUAGCAACUUUCCUUCUGAACUAUUACAUAUUGUCAAACAAAUACAAUUAGUAAUGUCUUUAAAAAUUGGAGAUGAAAUUGACCUUAACCAUCAGAAUAUAUACUUUUAUCGAUUAGGACAAAAAUCAAAUGAGAUUGAGGACAAAUUCAAGAAAUUAAACUUUACAUUUGAGAAUGUGGCUAAAACGCCAAAUAUUGUACAAUUUUUUUUUGAAAGUAAAGUUGAUAUGAGUAGUGCUAUUAAACUAUUUGCGAAUUCAUUAGACGCUGAAUUGGAAAAUGUCCAUAGGGUUUUAGAGCUUUUUUUCANGAAUGGAGGGAGGGAGUUUUAG